AUGUCUCUCUUGACCGCACGUUCCCUCGUAUCUCGAACCCGUUUCGCCUCCUUCCACAUCGUCGCUGUGCGGCGGUCAUUGAACGAGAACGACACAAACCGGGACAAUCUAGGGACAUACUACGAAGCCGAAAAACAGGAUCAGCUGAAGAGCACGUAUCAAGGCAAGGCGAAAUGGAAACAGGAGCUUGCUAGUAGUAGCGAAUCUUCAGUGAAAGCGGACCGUGGCGAGAUCGAUAAUGCGGAUUCGGACUUCAGCAAGAUGCAAGCUAAGACCAAGGAUUUGCCGAAUCGCAGUGGGCCAGUAAACAAGACGCAAUGA